GCGAGCCCCCGGGCUGACCGCCCCCGCCUUGCUGGGGCCGCGGCCGGCGCCGAAGCUGGAGAGGCUCUCGGUGGAGGAGGCGGCGCGGGGUCCGCUGCUGGCCGAGGUCCCCGCGGGGGGCGCCGACGGCCUGGACCGCGACGCGGCGUCCGCGGCCCUCGAGAGCUCCGACAGCGACGACCUGGACGAGACCACCGUCGCUCGGAGCAAGCGGAGGCGGACCAAGUACCUGCUAGCAGCUCGGCACUCCAUGGAUCAGUUGAGCACUUUGCUGGAGUCGGAGGCCGUGCAGCCCAAGACCAGGGACUACUACCACCUCCUGGUCUCUCGCUUCUACACCUGGGCGAAGCUGAGGCGACUGCAGCUCCACCCGCCUUGCCGCCUGGAUGGGGCGCUGUGUAUCCAUAUGACGGAGCUUUUCCUGAGCGGGCGGCAGGCGAAUGUGGGGGAGAAGCUGCUAGCUGGUGUCUUGCAUAUCCUCCCGGAGUUUGGGAAGGUGGGGCACCUGUCGCUCCCGCGCGCCUGGAGGGCAGUCAAAGGCUGGAGACGCCUGUGCCCGGGUCGGAGCCGCCACCCCAUGCCGCUGUGUGUGUGGGCGGCCGUAUGCCACUGGCUGAUCGAGCAGGGCAAGCGCCGCGAGGCGGCCGCGAUCCUGCUCGCCUUCAUGUGCUACCUGAGGCCGUCAGAGCUGCUCAGCGUGAGGCGUGGGCAUCUGGUGGCCCCGGUGGGGGGCGUAUCCCGCCACUGGAGCUUGCUGGUGGCGCCCGAGGAGUUAGGCGUCCCCACCAAGGUCGGUGCACUCGACGACAGCCUGCAGCUGGACAUGCGGGAGCUCAAGUGGCUGGAUGUGGUCUGGGGCGAGCUCAGGGCGAGGCCAGCGACAGAGAGGGCCUUCCCCUUCACGUAUCCAGACCUACUGGCGGACGCGCAGGCUGCGGGUGCCACGCUGGGGUUGAAGCUCGUGCCGUAUCAGCUGCGACACAGCGGAGCCUCCCACGACACGCUGCGCGAGCUUCGGAGCUUGCAGGAAGCCAAGGUCGAUCUCGGAAAUGCCACGCUGGACGCAGCUCUCGACUUGGCCCGUGCCGCCCAGUCCGCCGGG